UUUUUAGAAUUUGAGUCAAGGAGUGAUAACUUUUAUUUCAUUAUUGUUGGCUUCCUCAGCUGUAUAAGGAUGUAAUUUAAAAAAUAAUAAUGCCAAUACAUAUGAGCAGAUAAAUAUUCUUAAGCCAUCUGAUGUGUAAUGUUAAAGAGAUAAAAUAAAAACAGCAGUUGGAUAUAUAAAAUAAGUGAGGUAAUGAAAUAAGUUUUCACCAGUGUUGUUUAAAGUGCAGUCUUUAUGUCUGGCAAAAGUUCUAAGUGUGAACUAAAUGUCAUUAAUAAAAUUACACAAGAAAAUGACAUAUUAUCUGCACGUUACUCAAAUGAUGGGAAUGAAAUAUUCGCUGGGAGUAUCAACGGUGAAAUAUGCAGAUACGAGUCACGGACCUUGAAGCUGUUGUCCGCUUAUACUGAUGACGAUAUGUCAGGGAACAACAACCCGGUCACCUCUGUCACACCCCUGGUGCAGUCCAGUGAGAAAUUCCUUACAUCUCAUGCAAACGGUUGGGUAAAAGUGUGGGACAUACAAAGUGGAAACUGCGUUCUGACGAUACGAGAGAGGGCACAAAUAAUGGCUGUGGUGCCCCAUCCAAAACGGGACCGGCUCGUUACCUUGAGUGAGGAUGCUAGGAUAAGGCUUUACGACUCCAACAGUGGACAACUGACCAUGACUUUUGAAAACAGCUACACGAAAGAAAAAAUGACAGGACACGACUCGAAAAUAUUUGCAGCCAAGUUCCACCCCAAACAAAUAAAUGAGUUUAUAUCAGGAGGAUGGGAUGAUACUGUACAAUUCUGGGAUAUGAGGAAGCAAAAUUCAAUAAGGUACUUUGCAGGCGCUCAUAUCUGCGGUGACGGGCUCGACAUCGAUCCAGCUGGUGAUAUGGUGUUGACCUGCGCCUACCAAGCAAACAAUAGCUGUCGCAUUUGGAGUUAUAACACAGCAAAGCUAUACAUGGACAUCAGUACAGAAACUUCCAGGUUGUAUUGUGGAAAGUAUAUUGGACAGAAAUUCUUGAUGACUGGUGGCUCGGACCCAUGCCUAGUGAGAAUUAUAAACCUUUUUACUUUUGGAACUCUGGCAACCUACAAGAGUCCCCAAUUGGGAGUUUAUUCCCUAGACAGCUUCAGAAGGGGUGAGAAAAAGGACACAAUACUUAACCACAAAAUUAUAAUGGCAUCAGGAAAUGUGCUGACCGAGUUGGAAGUUCGUUACACAUACACUAUAUCAUAACAAUAUAGUAUUUUAUUCUCCUUAUCUUAUAUGGGUGUUUUUUGAAUAAACUAUUAGGUUGACCAAAGUUAAAUAAAUA